AUGGCUGACAAAAAGAACAAGCGACCGAUGACUGCAUCGGAUUACGUCAAAAAUCAACCACAUCUCCAAGGGAAACCCUUGACUAUUCAAAACCCAUAUUCAGCCCUUGCUGAAUUUCCACCAUUAUCAAACUCAAAGGCUGUAGCCUCAGACAAAGGAUGGUUCAAUGAAUGGUGGCAUUCGUUCGGACCAUGCGACCAAAUAUACCCACCUGAGCUACUCAAAACAGCCUAUCCAUACUACCUCAAACACAUACCCAAAAAGACCUUAGGUCCUUACCAAAAAAUCAUUUUCCACGCAGAUAUGGGUAUACCAUGGAUCUGUUCGUGGUACUUCAAUCUUAUUCUAGCCUUACCUGAUAUGCCAUAUUCCCUCGUCAAAGAAUACCGAGUUAAAUGGUGGGAUAAGUACAAUCUCGAUCGUUGCUCCUUAUCCAAUAUUCAAAAAAAUUUCAAUAGUCUUCGACAAGACUAUCAUCUUGUCCAAUCUAUAUCCAAAUCUAUCCCCUUACUCACCCCUAGUCAACUCACCAAACCUUCACCAACAUCAACACCAGCCAAACCACCAAGCCCAACCAAAUCCUCAAAAUCAACAAGCUCCACCUCCUCACGGAGGCAUAAAAAAAAGGCAAAGUUACAGCAAGCCCUUCAAACACUUAAUCAGGAGCUCCUCGCUUCUUCUGAUGACGAGGAAAGUAUCCAUAACGAGGACCACUCCAACACUGAAGAAGAUCCUUUCGGUGGUCCCUUAGGUCAAGAUCUUUUUGCGGAUAUACAAUUGUAA